GCGGCAGUUGCAAUCGGCCCGCCUUCGCAAAAAGCAUGCCGGGCUUCAAAUUGGCAGUGGAUAAGAACAACAAGGCAACAGAAUUGGCUUUGAUUCGCGUAUGUGGCACAGUUCAGCAGAAUCCACACAUGAGGGCAUUCUGGGCUUCCACCAUUUCCUUCUUCCUAGCCUUCUUGGGCUGGUUUGCCCUGGCACCUUUGGCACUCGAGGUGGCCACCAGCAUGGGCACGUGCGAGAAUCAACUCUAUCCACCAGAAGACAACCCCAAGCGGGUGGCCUACCUGAAGUACAAGUCACUCAAGACAGGCAAAGCGUACUGCCAGUACGGCAAGAAUGAUGACACCAAUCCCACAGACUGCAAUCCCGUGCCACAGGACAUUUUAGCGAGUGGGACUGCAGACGAGAAGAUGCAGUACCGACCAGGGGUGCUGGCGGACUGUGUUUGCACCCCAGGAACUGAGUGCAAAGACAUCAUCGCAAAUGCAGGAGUGGCUGCUGUGGCAUCGACCAUUUUUGUACGCAUCGCACUCGGUACGUUGUUGGAGCGAUUUGGGCCUGUGAAUGUCCAAUCAGGCCUGAUGACCUUUGGAGCUUUCUGGGUUGCAAUGGCUGCAGCCAUUACAGCGCCCUGGAACUACACCUUGAUCCGCUUCUUCAUUGGUUGCAAUCGGCCCGCCUUCGCAAAAAGCAUGCCGGGCUUCAAAUUGGCAGUGGAUAAGAACAACAAGGCAACAGAAUUGGCUUUGAUUCGCGUAUGUGGCACAGUUCAGCAGAAUCCACACAUGAGGGCAUUCUGGGCUUCCACCAUUUCCUUCUUCCUAGCCUUCUUGGGCUGGUUUGCCCUGGCACCUUUGGCGCUCGAGGUGGCCACCAGCAUGGGCACGUGCGAGAAUCAACUCUACCCACCAGAAGACAACCCCAAGCGGGUGGCCUACCUGAAGUACAAGUCACUCAAGACAGGCAAAGCGUACUGCCAGUACGGCAAGAAUGAUGACACCAAUCCCACAGACUGCAAUCCCGUGCCACAGGACAUUUUAGCGAGUGGGACUGCAGACGAGAAGAUGCAGUACCGACCAGGGGUGCUGGCGGACUGUGUUUGCACCCCAGGAACUGAGUGCAAAGACAUCAUCGCAAAUGCAGGAGUGGCUGCUGUGGCAUCGACCAUUUUUGUACGCAUCGCACUCGGUACGUUGUUGGAGCGAUUUGGGCCUGUGAAUGUCCAAUCAGGCCUGAUGACCUUUGGAGCUUUCUGGGUUGCAAUGGCUGCAGCCAUUACAGCGCCCUGGAACUACACCUUAAUCCGCUUCUUCAUUGGGUGCGCAGGAGCGGGAUGA